UUAAUUAAACCGUCGCCGUCUUCAUCUCUCUCUCACUCUCUCUCCAGCCCAAGGUUAUACAACGACCCCAUCAAUCUCCGACGACCGCAACCCCGGAGUCACCAGAACCUUUUUCCUUUCACGAAUCGGAGCCAUUGUCGAACGUCCGCCGCGGUUUCUCAAACCUAUAGCUGCCGAGUGCCGCCGCCGCCGUCGUUGGGGGUGAUAUGGCAACCCUAAGGAAUCUGAAAAUCAAGACGGGCACUUGCAAGCGUCUCGUUAAGGAGUUUCAUUCUUAUGAGAAAGAGGUUGAGAGAGAAGCCGCGAAGACAGCUGACAUGAAGGACAAAGGAGCUGAUCCUUAUGACCUCAAACAACAGGAAAAUGUGCUGGCUGAAUCAAGGAUGAUGAUCCCCGAUUGUCGAAAGCGCCUGGAGGCCUCAUUAGCCGACUUAAAAGGAAAUUUGGCUGAGUUAGAAGAGGAGUUGAACCAGAAAGAAGGCCCUGAGAUUGAAGAAGCUCAAACCAUUAUUGCGGAAGUUGAUAAGUUGUUCCAGACAACAGAAGCCUGAUUUUCCGUCCUUUGUAACAGUGACCCAAGUUUCUGUGGUUUGAAAUCUGCAGACUUUAUUUGUUCCCUAACAAGAGGAGUUCCUUGGCAUUGAGAAAGCAAGGACCUUAGUCUCCUUGUAUUGCUUACUUCAAGCAUAUGUAAACACAGUAAACUGAAAGCUUCCUGACUCUCGUCUUUCAGUUCUGUUCCCAUUGACAAUCUUGAAUCUUAAUACAUUUGGAACUAUCCCAAACUUCGAGUGAACAGUAU